UGACACCCUGUCUUUGCAAGAAAAAAUCGAAAUUUUUUUAAAAGAAUUUUUUUAUUAAAUUAUAUAGGUCCUUAGGUGUAUGUGUGUUGAAUUUGGGCUCUGUAAGUUCAUUAGGGCCGGAGAUAAAAAAUCGGAGCCGACGGAGGGAUGCUGAAGAUGCUCUGAAGAAGCUGGAUGGAACUGAGAUCUGUGGACGACGAGCCAGGGUAGAGAUGGCGAAAGCGAGAGAUGACAAGAAAUAUGCCUUGGAGGGAGGAAGAGGGGGUCGGGGAGGAGCUCCUGCUAUGGGCGGUAGGGGCGGAGGAAGGGAUUAUCAGGCCGGAACCAGGGGCGGACGAGAUGAAAGGGGUGGGAGGGACGACCGGGGUGGAAGAGAUUAUAGAGGAGGCAGGGACGACCGUGGUGGAAGAGAUGACCGAGGACGACAUGAUGAUCGACGUGGCGGUGGAAGGGAGAAUUACAGAGAUCGUUCAAGGGAUCACCGGGAUAAAGAUGAUUACAAAGGUAGCAGCAGGGACAGGGAUGAGAGGCAUAGCAGUUCUCGUAGCAGAGACGACUAUAGAGGUAGUAGAGACAGGGACGACAGGGAGAGGAGUCAGAGUUCUCGGAGUCGGGACGAAUAUCGUAAAGAUGAUCGUUAUGGCAGAAAUGAUCGAGAUGAUUACAGGAAUGGAGACUACAGAGGAGGGCGUGGUAGUUCCAGUAGUGGGCGUGGAGAUUAUAAAGACGACAGAUGGUGAUCUAAAGGAUUGUUUUUUAUCCCAAUCAAGAUUUUGUUAUAAAAAAUUCACUGUAAUUCUAUUUGUGUUUCCUUGAUAAAAGAGCAUGGACGAGUGAAUUCAUAGCAUUAGGUCUUAAGGCGACAGCGAUAAAAAAAAAUCCUGUCGAUUAAAUGUUUGUAACACAUUGCUAUUAAAAAAUCCAAAUGUAAUUAAUUUAUUGAAUAGAAAUACUAAAGAUUCUUACCAAGUUUAACAGAGACUCGAGAAUCCCGCACAGCUUGUUCAUCUAUUCAGUAGCUAAUCCUUCAUCUUGGUUUUCAUCAUAGAUCAAUAUAAACUUUCUCUUCUACAAUACUAAGGAACGUCAAAGUGUCACGAAGCAUCAAGAUUUAUAAACUUGUGGGUUAAUGGAAUAAUUGUAUUUGCUUAAUGAACUUUUUUAUUUCAAACUUGAAGUUUUGACGCAUUGCGUAGGAGUCUCUUUAACAGUGUGUUUUUAUCUCAACAUUCUUUAGGUUCUCUAGGGAAAAAAUGCCGCAACAAAAAUUAAGUCUUUAGAAAUUUUUUGUUUUAUCAAAUUUUAAAUUGUUUUUUUUUUUGUUUGUUUUAUUAGCUUAGCAGUAUAUCUACCAGGAUAUUUUCUUUUAUGAGUUGCAAAACUUUGUCUUUUACCGAUUAAAUCUGAAAAAAAACGGCAAAACGCUUUUCAUCAAUUUUUGGAAAUAGGUGUUUUAAGAUUUAUUUGAUUAAAUGCCGAAAAUCGUAUCCAAUUUUCCUCUAAUUUCUCUUCAUUUGAUUCACCAGCUCAGCUUUAAUUAUCAUGAAAAAUAUGCAUUAAUCGUGGCUAAACUGCACGUUAGUUUAAUGCGCAUGCGCUCAAUAUAAGGAUUUCUUUUGAUUUCAGAA